GUGGAGUCUCAUAGACCCUUUGUUACAUAUAUUCAGCAAAUGAGCAGAGGCUUUCAGUAGUGCGAUGAUGUCAGAUGUCCACGCGGAUGAGAGGUUCCGAGUGGGUAAGUCACGAUGUUCGCGAUCAGCACACAGAGCGCGCAACCGCGUCGCGCUUAUCGUCAUACCUCUGUAAUAGCGGAAUUUCGCAAACUUCAGUCUAUCAAAUGUACGAUUGCAUCACAGCAAUGAUGUAGCUGGGUUUAGAUGCAUGAAACAGUUAUUUGACUGCUUGUCGCACUUUUCCAGCACUUUACAUCCUGGUUUACCCCAGAAACACAAUUCAUCCCCUAGCAAGGAAGCCCUGCGCGUCUCGAUCCUGUCAAAGUCCAUCGAAUCAGCCCUUCAACUCGAUACCCCUUCGACCAAGAUAACUUCCCAAGUAUGGCGUUAGACGUCCGUCAUCAAUCUGAAAAACUUGACAAAACACUCCAACAAACCCCUGGCAUCCAGAUUUUCCUCCAGCCCAUCGCACCCCCAGCUGCUCUAGGUCUCGCUGGUUUCGCUGGCUCAACAUGGAUAACCUCAUCCUACAUCGCCAACUGGUGGGGCGGACCUGAAUCACCGACUAUUUUCUUCCCAUUCGUAGGUCUGUUCGGCGGACUAGCGCAAUUCAUCGCGGGGCUGUAUGGAUUCAAAGCAAGAGAUACAUUGGUGACGGUAAUCAACACCAUGUGGGGAAGUUUCUGGAUUAGUAUCGGGAUUCUAUAUGCUUUUGUCGCGGCCGGUGCUCUGGAAGCACACGAAGUGCAUACGCAUUUUCCUGAACUCGCAUCUUGGUUCGUGAUACUCUGUGUUUUCACAUGGUCGGGCGCGCUCGCUGCUACAGCAAGAGAUGUUGUUCUUAGCGUUUGUCUCUUCUCUCUGGCCAUCGGAAGUACAAUCGCUUGCUGCAUGUUCGCAUACAACGGUCGCCCUUCUUCGACAGCGAAUACGAGUGCAUCGGGCGACAGUCUUACUGGCGGAGUUACCAUGGGCAUGAAAGCUGCCAGCUACUUCUGGAUGUUGAGCGCGCUUUGCGCCUGGUGGAGAGUGACGGUUUAUCUUGUUGAGGAGGCAUAUGGUCCCGAUCACACGAUCACUAAGUUCUUCCCUAUUGGCAGGACACCUAUGGAGAGGAAAGCGCCUUUGGUUAUCCCUGGGCUGGGUGAGCCUGGUGUUAAGAGGGGUGUUCCAAAGCCACUGCCAGUGUAAUGCAAUUCGAAAGGAUUGUGAGAUGUAUUGAUAGAGUGUUGUUUGCUCGCGCAAUCGUAUAUUCGACAUUUUGGAUACCCAUGGCUUUGCUGUAACCGUACCCUUAUAGUUCGCAGCACCAAGAAAUAUAUAAGACAUUAAGAUUACUUUCACAGCAUCAGCUAGCUAAGAGCAU